AUGAGCUCGGAGCCAGCUGAAGGUGCUGAAUACAGCCUGAGAGACCGAAAAGCUUUGGCCAAGUUCUUACAAGAUGCUGAUAUUCGGUUGGUUCGCGCAGAGUACCUCUACGAGCUGCGGAGGUCGAACAGGCCUUUGCCCAGACGUCAAGAAGCACAGCAGGAGACCUUGGCGCUGGUGAGCCACGAACAUGUUGUUGAGUGGUCUGCAGGAGGAAGAGAUGCGAUCCUUUGCUCGGUUUCCCAUAGUUGGGAAAGUCAACAGCACCCAGACCCAUGUUGCUUCCAACUAGAGAAGUUGGUCAGCUGUGUAGCUCUCUAUGAUGCCGCUUAUUUCUCAGAAAUUUGGAUAUUUUACGAUUAUAUUUCUCUUUUUCAAUUUGAGCGGCAGACGCCAGAGGAAGAGGAGAGCUUCCGGCGAUCGAUGGCCAACAUGCAUGUAAUGUAUGCUCAUGAGCACUGCUUGACCUUCCGUCUUGAAUGUCUCACCCCAGAUGAUUUUUGGCUGAACAACUCGGAGCAGAAAGUCCCGGUUUAUCAUGUACCCAGCAAAUCGAUCCAGACCAUUCCGCUCCGAGAAUUGUUGCACAACCCGAUCCCAUAUAAGAUGCGUGGGUGGUGCCUCGCCGAGAUCGAGUGGUCUUCGGCCAAAAGUGCCACCAAGAAGAACCAACAAAUCGAUGCGGUGCAAAUUGAAUCCGGGGCCAGCUUCAGGGGCAAAGUGCCCAUGGCCCCCAAAGAAUUUGAGAAGCACAUGGCAAACUCAAAAUUCACACACCGUCAUGAUGCCCCGCAAGUCAUCAAACUACAGGAGAAGAUUUUUCAUGAGAAGGUGACGGUGUGUGAGGAGGUGCAUUUCGAAAACCUCCCAGAAGGUGAGGUGAUGCAGUUGGCCAAGUCGUUGCCAUUCUACCACCGCCUCCGAAUCUUGCAGCUGCUCAACUUCGAAGCCAAUGAAAGGGAGGCCCACGCUCUUGGGGAGGCACUGGGAGCACACGAAGUCCUCCAAAAGCUACAGAUCCGAGCAAACUCCGCAAAGACAGCAAAGGCCAUUGUGAAGGCCUGA